AUGGACCCAUCCAAGGUAAGAAAAUAGUUUGAAAAAAAACAGAGUAUGCUGUUAUUUCGUCGAUAUAUUAGUGGUAAAGUCUCUGGUAAAGUUUGUUGAUAGUAAAGUAGGCUACAUUGUAUCCGUUUCAUAUUUCACUUCCAGCAACUCGGAUGUGCCGGAAACGAAACUUGCACGAUGAAACGCAACAACGUGAUGUAAUAGUUCAUAGGCCAACAUAAACAUGUCUAGGUUAUUAUCUAGCUAUGAAUUCAUAACGCAGAAAUAUCCUAUGAAUUUAUCGCUAGUCCUUUCACGUCAUUCGAGGGGUGUGUGUGUGUGUGUGUGUGUGUGUGUGUGUGUGUGUGUGUGUGUGUGUGUGUGUGUAGGAGGAAUCUGCCUCUGAGAAGGAAAGGAAGCCAGCAGUGGAGGAGAGUGAAGAGCCUUCCAGCACCUCUUCUAGAAUGUGAGUGGACAUAGAGUAUAUUAUCUAUUAUCUACCUGGUACAGCCAGGGCCACCCCUCAGAGUGGAUAUGAGUGAACAUAGAGUAUAUUAUCUAUUGUCUAAAUUGAUGGGUCAUGUAAAAGAAAUGCUAUAACCCCCAGCCACAUCUUGCUAAGUGGAUGGGUCUCUACAGAAGGUGUAAACGGUACAGUGAAAUGGUUACUUGCAUAGUAGCAAUAUCUAUAAUAGAUUGUGUCAAUAUAAAGGAAAAUGAACAAGUGUCAAUGCCAGUAGAGAAAGAACCAAAGAAUAUAAAGGAUGUACAAGAACAAUAUCAAGAACCAUAUCAGUGAUACUGGUGAUAGAUGAGGUAGUUACAUGCAUACAAUCAGGGGUAAAGUGGCUGAGCAGCAGGAUAAAACAAUUAAUAGUAACAGCAACGUAUGGCGUGUGUGUUAGGAGAGAGUCCUGUGAAUAGAGGCACUGCAGAUAGUGCUGAUGACUGGGAACUCGCCCCCAGUGAUAAACUGGUCCGUCAGAACCACGCAUGAACAAGGGAAUCAAUAUUCGGAGAGUCUGUUUUUGUCCUGCCCUUGACUUUGGUGCAGGGCAUGUGAUGUCCAUAGCCUCUUCGACGCAAAACUCCCUGAUCUUCUCAAAAAUAUAUGUUCGUCUAGCUGUGUCCAGUCCAGGUGGUGCUUGUACAGGCAGACCAUCUAUGUGAGGAAUGAUGUCAGUGUUGCUUAGCAGCUGAGUCCGAACGCUCCUUGUCAACAACAACACCAGGCUCCAGAGCAUCGAAGCUGUAAAACAGGAAAUAACAACAACAAAAUUAGAAGAUAUUACAUCAAUUCACCUCCUUAGGUUAGUUAAGAAGAAUAACCUCCUACAAUACAAUGAAGUGCUGGUACUGCUUGAUCUGUGGCAGAGACCUGAAGUACGGAGUCAGGUGUUGUUGCCAGCCAUAGCACCGUACCAUCCUCCAGUACAACCAGCUGUGGGAUGUUGACCCGUCACAGUGCUGUCCUUCACAAAACCAGCGAUCUCGGAUAAAGUGUUUACUCUGGUCAUUCUGGCGCGUCUGCUUGAUGAGGCCGAAGCACCAGUCGGGGGUGAACUUGGUGUGGCCUGUGAUUAGGAAGUGAAGGUCCAGACUGUGGUGGAUCAUGUGAUCAGGAAGUGAAGGUCCAGACUGUGAUGGAUCAUGUGAUCAGGAAGUGAAGGUCCAGACUGUGGUGGAGCUGGUCUGCCAGGCACAAUACCAGAGCACAAACGUGUUCUUGUUUUGGCCGCUGCAGUUGUCAGAAUUCAGGUCCACACGUGUUUCCCCAACUCUGUAGUUGGUGAAGAAAUGGUGCAUGUAGUUGUUGACUGCGCUGCUGCCUUUGCUGGAUGACAUGCCUUCAUCAAUCAACUAGUUGACUUGUUGUGGUCCUUCACAGCAGACACCAAACAAGCCACACUUGCGAGGAGUUAAAAAGUAAAUGGGACCUGGCUGCAUAGGGUCAGAAGGAUAGUGCACCUGCAAACAACAACAAAAGAGCAUUAAGAUCAAUUAAAAUCAUUUGUCUCACCCCUGUCAGUCUGUCUUUAUACAGCUCAGUGAAAGGCAUUUGCCUGCUUCUCAUAUACAGUACUAGUCAAAAGUUUGGACACAUUUACUCAUUCCAGGGUUUUUCUUUAUUUUACUAUUAAUAGUGAAGACAUCAACACUAUGAAAUAACACAUCUGGAAUCAUGUAGUAACCAAAAAAGUGUUAAACAAAUCAAAAUGUAUUUGAGAUUCUUCAAAUAUCCACCCUUUGCCUUGAUGACAGCUUUGCACACUCUUGGCAUUCUCUCAACCAGCUUCAUGAGGUAGUCACCUGGAAUGCAUUUCAACAGGUGUGCCUUCUUAAAAGUUAAUUUGUGUAAUUUAUUUCCUUCUUAAUGCGUUUGAGCCAAUCAGUUGUGUUGUGACAAGGUAGGGGUGGUAUACAGAAGAUAGUCCUAUUUGGUAAAAGACCAAGUCCAUAUUAUAUCAAGAACAGCUCAAAUAAGCAAAGAGAAACGACAGUCCAUCAUUACUUUAAGACAUAAAGGUCAGUCAAUACGGAACAUUUCAAGAACUUUGAAAGUUUCUUCAAGUGCAGUCGCAAAAACCAUCAAGCGCUAUGAUGAAACUUCCUCACAUGAGGACAGCCACUGGAAAGGAAGACCCAGAGUUACCUCUGCUGCAGAGGAUAAGUUCAUUAGAGUUACCAGCCUCAGAAAUUGCAGCCCAAAUAAAUGCUUCACAGAGUUCAAGUAACAGACACAUCUCAACAUAGCUAUAGCCACUGGUAACAUUGAAUAUAUGAAUCUACUGGUAUGGUGCUGGAGAGAAAUCAACUUUAAAAACAGUGAAUUGCCCCUCUAACAUCUCUUCUAUACCUCUAUUGCAUCAUCCUCAUGACCUGUGAAAUGAAUGUAGACCAGUGAGGUGACCACAGCAUGUGGUGGUGGUGUAGGGGAACAGAGCAGUGUGUGACUGUUUCCUUUUUCCAGGUGGACCCGGUCUAGAGAGAAGUGUCGUGAUCUGGAGGCUGAGAUCUCUAGGAUGAAGGUGAAGCUGGAGGUGCUGAAGGUAACACUAGUGGUCAUGUCUGAGAGGUCAAAUGUCAUUGUGAUCAAACCACAUAUAGAUCACAGCCACAUACUGUGUGUGAGUGUGUGUUAAAGUUCCAACUGUAAUCUAUUUUAUGAUGAUAUUGAGAGACCAGUAUAAAUAUUCUAAUACGUCUUAACAAUAUUAAUAUAUUCAUGUUCUUUAUUUCAUAUCAGUAGUCAGUUUUUCUAUUUCUUCCUCACUGUUGUCACCUUUGUUGUUUUAGAGAAUGUUGGCUGUUCCAGUUCUGCUGCUGACCGCUCUGGAGGAGAUGAACCCACAUGAGCUGAAGACAUUUCAGUCUUUCCUGACUAGUGGCCUGCUGCCUGACUGUCCUCCCAUCCCAGAGAGUCAGCUGCAGAACGCUGACAGACAGGUCACAGUGGAUCAGAUGGUGAAGACAUACGGCCCUGAGAGAGCUGUGGAGAUCACACUGAGGAUCCUGAGGGGGAUGAAGCGGGUAGACCUAGCAGAGAAGUUAGAGACAGAUCACAGAGGAGGUAACAGAACAAGAAUGUACAUCAAUCUAUACAUCACAAUCACAGUUCAGUGGAGGUCUAACCAGAAAGAACAUUCAACUGACUUCAUAAUAACAUUCAGCAGGCCUCUCUUUUAUCAUUUUUAUUAAUGAUGUAUCCAGGUGGCCCCAUUAUGUUUAAACAGCAAUCCAACAUUCAUUAUAUUCCAUACAUACAAUCACCAAUACAGUAGGGAAGAUAUCACAAACAGAUUAGACUUUCUAAUCAUGGCUGUAUGUCUCUUCCUGAGCUGCCUAAUCUGGAAGAUGAACCAGAAUGAUCUGGCAGAGAAGUUAGAGAGAGAUCAGAGAAGUAGGAUUGCAGACAAGGACCCUAACUGUCUCUCUAUCCCCCCUCCUAUCUUCCCCUCUAUUUCCCCUGUUUCCCCCUCUUUAUCAGGUACUGCCUCAACCUCUCCCCUGUCCUUAUUCCCACCGAGGCCCCGAUCCGUCCUCUCCCCUGUGGGGUUCCUCCCCCUUUCCUGCCUUCUCUCCAGCUCCUCCUCCUCCUUUGGCUCGUCUAUGAACUCCUUGUCGUUAACUUCUCCUGGUAGCUCAGGACAGCUCAGGUCACAGGUAAGAGGACGGUUAGAGAAAUGUAGGAUCACUUCUACCCUCAUAUGUUAAAACACCUGUACUCACUGUCAUAGUCAGUUCUACACUUCUACCCUAAUAUGUUAAAACACCUGUACUCACUGUCAUAGUCAGUUCUACCCUCAUAUGUUAAAACACCUGUACUCACUGUCAUAGUCAGUUCUACAGUAUGAAAUGAUACAGUCCACACAUACAGUCUAGAUAAUGAACUAAUCUCUCAUGUACACUAUGAGUGGCGGGGGUCAGACUGCAUCCCUACACACACACACACCAUUAGACAAAAAGGCUGUGAUUAUAUUUCUGUGUGUGUGUGUGUGUGUGUGUGUGUGUGUGUGUGUGUGUGUGUGUGUGUGUGUGUGUGUGUGUGUGUGUGUGUGUGUGUGUGUGUGUGUGUGUGUGUGUGUGUGUGUGUGUGUGGUGUGUGUGUGUGUGUGUGUGUGUGUGUGUGUGUGUGUGUGUGUGUGUGUGUGUGUGUGUGUGUGUGUGUGUGUGUGUGUGUGUGUGUGUGUGUGUGUGUGUGUGUGUGUGUGUUGUGUGUGUGUGUGUGUGUGUUGUGUGUGUGUGUGUGUGUGUGUGUGUGUGUGUGUGUGUGUGUGUGUGUGUGUGUGUGUGUGUGUGUGUGUGUGUGAGAGAGAGAGAGGAGGAAGCUGCCUCUGAGAUGGAAAGGAAGCCAGCAGGGGAGGAGAGUGGAGAACUCCCCAGCACCUCUUCUGGAAUGUGAGUGAACAUAGAGUAUAUUAUCUAUUAUCUACUUGGUACAGCCAGGGCCACCCCUCAGAGUGGAUAUGAGUGGACAUAGAGUAUAUUAUCUAUUAUCUACCUGCUACAGCCAGGGCCACCCCUCAGAGUGGAUAUGAGUGGACAUAGAGUAUAUUAUCUAUUAUCUACCUGCUACAGCCAGGGCCACCCCUCAGAGUGGAUAUGAGUGGACAUAGAGUAUAUUAUCUAUUAUCUACCUGGUACAGCCAGGGCCACCCCUCAGAGUGGAUAUGAGUGGACAUAGAGUAUAUUAUCUACCUGGUACAGCCAGGGCCACCCCUCAGAGUGGAUAUGAGUGGACAUAGAGUAUAUUAUCUAUUAUCUACCUGGUACAGCCAGGGCCACCCCUCAGAGUGGAUAUGAGUGGACAUAGAGUAUAUUAUCUAUUAUCUACCUGGUACAGCCAGGGCCACCCCUCAGAGUGGAUAUGAGUGGACAUAGAGUAUAUUAUCUAUUAUCUACCUGGUACAGCCAGGGCCACUCCUCAGAGUGGAUAUGGAGAAACUAAAAGAAUAAGGGAGAUUGGAAAAUGAUGCAAACAAUUGAAUUGAUGGAACCUACAAUCUAUCUGCAAUAUUAAAGCUGUUCCCCCACCCCCACCCUAAAUAAGUACAGUUAGACACCAAUGCGCAUCCAAUCCAUCCAACAAGUAUAGGUUAAUGACAGUAGGCCUAUAAUUGACUCUUUCCGUUAGAAGUAUUCGGUUUUGCAAUGGCAUGUCUACAUUAUUUGGGAUUUGUGUGCCCAUGAGAACAUUUUUCACGCCGAAACAUAAUUAAAUAUUACUUAGGCAUAGUUACACUUACAGUGCACUUUCUGAGAUCUCCAAGAUCCAGGAUUCGUACAGGGUUUAAGUUCAAUGUUCUAUUUCAAAUUUAAAAUGCUUAGCAAUUACAAAUAAAACUAUAAUAAAUGUCAUUAAUGUAAGGAAAGAAAGGUAGUGUUUUAUGUCACAUGAUCUAUGAAGAUUCCGAGCAUUAAUUAAUUAUGGACAACUCAUGAACUAUGGUGUAAACAUGUUUUGAUUCAACUCAUGUAUUAUAUUGAAUGUAGACUACCUGUUCUGAGUGUGUUCAUGUGUGUAAAAUUGUCUCGUCUGAGAGUGUAGGCUACCGGUAGUGGUUUAGGCCUAGUGCAGGGUAAACGUAAGGAAAGGAAGUUGACCCACCUUUUUCAGAAAAAUGCAUUGAAAGUAUAUGGAGCGUUACUUUUUUCACCGCACUGGUAGAACAGUGAAGUGACCACAGCAUGUGGUGGUGGUGUAGGGGAACAGAGCAGUGUGUGACUGUUUCCUGUGUCCAGGUUGACCCUGUCUGAGGAGGAGUGUCGUCGUCUGGAGACUGCGAUCUCUAGGCUGGAGGAUUAUCUGAGGUUCAUGAAGGUAACACUAGUGGUCAUGUCUGAGAGGUCAAAUGUCAUUGUGAUCAAACCACAUAUAGAUCACAGCCACAUACUGUGUGUGAGUGUGUGUGUGUGUGUUAAAGUUCCAACUGUAAUCUAUUUUAUGAUGAUAUUGAGAGACCAGUAUAAAUAUUCUAAUAUGUCUUAACAAUAUUAAUAUAUUCAUGUUAUUUAUUUUAUAUCAGUAGUCAGUUUUUCUAUUCCUGCCUCACUCUUGUUAUCUUUGUUGUUUUAGAGAAUGUUGGCUGUUCCAGCUCUGCUGCUGACCACUCUGGAGGAGCUCACUGGAGAACAGCUGAAGACAUUUCAGUUUAAACUGACUAGUGUCCAGCUGCUUGGCUUUCCUCCCAUCCCAGAGAGUCAGCUGGAGAACGCUGACAGACAGGUCACAGUGGAUCAGAUGGUGAAGACAUACGGCCCUGAGAGAGCUGUGGAGAUCACACUGAGGAUCCUGAGGGGGAUGAAGCGGGUAGACCUAGCAGAGAAGUUAGAGACAGAUCACAGAGGAGGUAACAGAACAAGAAUGUACAUCAAUCUAUACAUCACAAUCACAGUUCAGUGGAGGUCUAACCAGAAAGAACAUUCAACUGACUUCAUAAUAACAUUCAGCAGGCCUCUCUUUUAUCAUUUUUAUUAAUGAUGUAUCCAGGUGGCCCCAUUAUGUUUAAACAGCAAUCCAACAUUCAUUAUAUUCCAUACAUACAAUCACCAAUACAGUAGGGAAGAUUUCACAAACAGAUUAGACUUUCUAAUCAUGGCUGUAUGUCUCUUCCUGAGCUGCCUAAUCUGGAAGAUGAACCAGAAUGAUCUGGUAGAGAAGUUAGAGAGAGAUCAGAGAAGUAGGAUUGUAGACAAGGACCCUAACUGUCUCUCUAUCCCCCCUCCUAUCUUCCCCUCUAUUUCCCCUGUUUCCCCCCUUUCCAGCUCUGCUGCUGGCCACUCUGGAGGAGCUCACUGAAGAACAGCUGAAGACAUUUCAGUCUAACCUGACUAGUGGCUGGAUGUUAGUCUUUCCUCCCAUCCCAGAGAGUCAGCUGGAGAACGCUGACAGACAGGACACAGUGGAUCAGAUGGUGAAGAGAUACGGCCCUGAGGGAGCUGUGGAGAUCACACUGAGGAUCCUGAGGAGGAUGAUGCUGCGUGAUCUGGCAGAGAAGUUAGAGACAGAUCACAGAGGAGGUAACAUAACAAGAAUGUACAUCAAUCUAUACAUCACAAUCACAGUUCAGUGGAGGUCUAACCAGAAAGAACAUUCAACUGACUUCAUAAUAACAUUCAGCAGGCCUCUCUUUUAUCAUUUUUAUUCAUGAUGUAUCCAGGUGACCCCAUUAUGUUUAAACAGCAAUCCAACAUUCAUUAUAUUACAUACAUACAAUCACCAAUACAGUAGGGAAGAUUUCACAAAUGGAUUAGACUUUCUAAUCAUGGCUGUAUGUCUCUUCCUGAGCUGCCUAAUCUGGAAGAUGAACCAGAAUGAUCUGGCAGAGAAGGAGAGAGAUCAGAGAAGUAGGAUUGCAGACAAGGACCCUAACUGUCUCUCUAUCCCCCCUCCUAUCUUCCCCUCUAUUUCCCCUGUUUCCCCCUCUUUCUCAGGUACUGCCUCAACCUCUCAUCUGUCCUUAUUCCCACCGAGGCCCCGAUCCGUCCUCUCCCCUGUGUGGUUACCCCCCAUUUCCCCCCUUCUCUCCAGAUCCUCCUCCUUUGGCUCGUCUAUGAACUCCUUGUGGUUAACUUCUCCUGGUAGCUCAGGACAGCUCAGGUCACAGGUAAGAGGACGGUUAGAGAAAUGUAGGAUCACUUCUACCCUCAUAUGUUAAAACACCCUUCUACCCUCAUAUGUUAAAACACCUGUACUCACUGUCAUAGUCAGUUCUACACUUCUACCCUCAUAUGUUAAAACACCUGUACUCACUGUCAUAGUCAGUUCUACACUUCUACCCUCAUAUGUUAAAACACCUGUACUCACUGUCAUAGUCAGUUCUACCCUCAUAUGUUAAAACACCUGUACUCACUGUCAUAGUCAGUUCUACAGUAUGAAAUGAUACAGUCCACACAUACAGUCUAGAUAAUUAACUAAUCUCUCAUGUACACUGUGAGUGGUGGGGCUCAGACUGCAUCCCUACACACACACCAUUAGACAAAAAAAGCUGUGAAUAUAUUUCUUUAUAGCCGUGUAUGACUUGUGUGUGUGUGUGUGUGUGUGUGUGUGUGUGUGUGUGUGUGUGUGUGUGUGUGUGUGUGUGUGUGUGUGUGUGUGUGUGUGUGUGUGUGUGUGUGUGUGUGUGUGUGUGUGUGUGUGUGUGUGUGUGUGUGUGUGUGUGUGUGUGUGUGUGUGUGUGUGUGUGUGUGUGUGUGUGUGUGUGUGUGUGUGUGUGUAGGAGGAAGCUGCCUCUGAGAUGGAAAGGAAGCCAGCAGGGGAGGAGAGUGGAGAACUCCUCUGCACCUCUUCUGGAAUGUGAGUGAACAUAGAGUAUAUUAUCUAUUAUCUACCUGGUACAGCCAGGGCCACCCCUCAGAGUGGAUAUGAGUGAACAUAGAGUAUAUUAUCUAUUAUCUACCUGGUACAGCCAGGGCCACCCCUCAGAGUGGAUAUGAGUGGACAUAGAGUAUAUUAUCUACCUGGUACAGCCAGGGCCACCCCUCAGAGUGGAUAUGAGUGAACAUAGAGUAUAUUAUCUAUUAUCUACCUGGUACAGCCAGGGCCACCCCUCAGAGUGGAUAUGAGUGGACAUAGAGUAUAUGAUCUAUUAUCUACCUGGUACAGCCAGGGCCACCCCUCAGAGUGGAUAUGAGUGGACAUAGAGUAUAUUAUCUAUUAUAAACUGGGUGGUUUGAGCCCUGAAUGCUGAUUGGCUGACAGCCGUGGUAUGACAAAAUAUGUAUUUUUACUGCUCUAAUUACGUUGGUAACCAGUAAGCAAUAAGGCACCUCGGGGGUUUGAUGCGUCGUGCUAAGAACAGUCCUUAGCCGGGGUAUAUUGGCCAUAUACCACACCCCUUCGUGCCUUAUUGCUUAAUUAUCUACCUAAAUGCAACAAAAGACAAUCUUUGGGGGGGUCUACGAAUGGUAAACUGUAGAAUUAUAGUGGUGCUGUCCACUCAGUAGUGCUGAAUGUCGACAUCAGCUGAGCUCAUUUAAACUCAUAGAUUUUCCUUCAUACUUCCUCAUUUUCACCAUUUGUUUGCCAUGCGCCCUUGAUAGAAAUAGCCUUUAUGCCAGUGCAUUAGAUUUAUCCAUUGAUUUAUCAUUGUUUGCUUUUGUCAGUCAGCUGUUCAGAGGCUCAUUGCUUUGUUUUUCAGGUGUGAAGGUAGGCUACUGGUGUUCUCUGUGCCAUCCGUGGCCAGAAGUACUAGACAAUUUAUUUAGCUUUAGUAUUUUCUAUCAAUAUUAGUUUUCUUUCCUGGAUCAGCUGAUGAUGGUCAACAAUAUCACUAGACAACUAGACUACAGCUUGGUUUUGUGGGGUUAUUGGAGGACAACUGGAGUUCUACUUAGCGUUAGUAUGGAUAUUGUUGUCUGUUAGUUUACUCCAAUUAGGGAAUGGAUGGUAGGGUGGGGGGGAAAAGUAUAGAGAAACUAAAAGAAUAAGGGAGAUUGGAAAAUGAUGCAAACAAUUGAAUUGAUGGAACCUACAAUCUAUCUGCAAUAUCAAAGUUGAUUCCCCCCCACUCCCACCCUAAAUAAGUACAGUUAGACACCAAUGCGCAUCCAAUCCAUCCAACAAGUAUAGGUUAAUGACAGUAGGCCUAUAAUUGACUCUUUCCGUUAGAAGUAUUCGGUUUUGCAAUGGCAUGUCUACAUUAUUUGGGAUUUGUGUGCCCAUGAGAACAUUUUUCACGCCGAAACAUAAUUAAAUAUUACUUAGGCAUAGUUACACUUACAGUGCACUUUCUGAGAUCUCCAAGAUCCAGGAUUCGUACAGGGUUUAAGUUCAAUGUUCUAUUUCAAUUUAAAAUGCUUAGUAAUUACAAAUAAAACUAUAAUAAAUGUAAUUAAUGUAAGGAAAGAAAGGUAGUGUUUUAUGUCACAUGAUCUAUGAAGACUCCGAGCAUUUAUGAAUUAUGGACAACUCAUGAACUAGCGUGUAAACAUGUUUUGAUUCAACUCAUGUAUUAUAAUGAAUGUAGACUACCUGUUCUGAGUGUGUUCAUGUGUGUAAAAUUGUCUCGUCUGAGAGUGUAGGCUACCGGUAGUGGUUUAGGGCUAGUGCAGGGUAAACGUAAGGAAAGGAAGUUGACCCACCUUUUUCAGAAAAAUGCAUUGAAAGUAUAGGGAGCGUUACUUUUUUCACCGUGACCGGCAAUCAGAGUUUACCCCCCAAUAUUUUGACCACUACAUCACUGGCUACCGGUAGGCCUAUUAGAAGUUCAUGGUAAUACACAUUGUAGCCUAGUCUAGUAAAUUGACCGUGUGUGUUAGGGUGACCAUCCAGUUUUUCCUGGGACAGUUUCAGCUCCAUUUCAAAUGUGUCCCAAAAAAGAAGGGGACUGGCCAACCCUCAGAUCCUGGUUCCUCUCUAGGUUUCUUCCAGUGGAGGCUGCUGAGGGGAGGACAGCUCAUAGUAAUGGCUGGAAUGGAGUCAAUGGAAUGGUAUCAAACAUGUUGUUUCCAUAUGUUUGAUACCAUUCCAUUGAUUCCAUUCCACCCUUUACUAUGAGCCGUCCUCCCAUCAGCAGCCUCCACUGGUUUCUUCCUAGUCACUGUGCUUCUACAUCUGCAUUGCUUGGUGUUUGGGGUUUUAGGCUGGGUUUCUGUAUAAGCACUUUGUCACAACUGCUGAUAUAAAAAGGGCUUUAUAAAAUCAAUUUGAUUGAUUUGCUAUAGGCACUGGUAAGAUUGAAUAUAUGAGUCUACUGGUAUGGUGCUGUAGAGAUAAUACACUUUCAAAGUGGUGAAUUGUCCCUCUAACAUCUCUUCUAUAACUCUAUUGCAUCAUCCUCAUGACCUGUGAAAUGAAUGUAGAACAGUGAAGUGACCACAGCAUGUGGUGGUGGUGUAGGGGAACAGAGCAGUGUGUGACUGUUUCCUGUGUCCAGGUUGACCCGGUCUAUAAAGAAUGGUCGUCGUCUGGAGAGGCAGAGGGAGGAGCAUAGGGCACUGGGCAUCAAGGUAAGACUAGUGUCACUUCAGAAGGGUCAAAUGUCAUUGUGAACUAACCACAUAUGCUGCGUGUGUGUGUGUGUGUGUGUAUGAGAAUGAGGUAUAUAGAAUGAUUCUAGUAUGUCCUACCAAUAUUAAUGUGUUCAUGUUCUUUAUUUUAUAUCAGUAGUCAGUAUUUCUAUUAUCUUCCUUAUAUCUGAUCAUCUUUGUUAUUUUAGAGACCCUCCAUGUUGGAUGUUCCAGCUCUGCUGCUGACCACUCUGGAGGAGCUCACUGAAGAACAGCUGAAGACGUUUCAGUCUUACUUGACUAUUGGCUGGAUGUUAGGCUUUCCUCUCCUCCCAGAGUGUCAGCUGGAGAACGCUGACAGACAGGACACAGUGGAUCAGAUGGUGAAGAGAUACGGCCCUGAGAGAGCAGUGAAGAUCACACUGAACACAAUGAGGAAGAUGGACCUGGGUGAUCUUGCCGAGAAGUUAGAGAGAGAUCACAGAGGAGGUAAUUACAGGUGUUGUUCCUAGUCAGGAUGUUGAGUGUUUCAAAAAAAGUGUCCCAGCUUCUUUACUAUUUUGUUUUAUAACAUAUAAAUGAGGAUACAACAUCUAUGUUCCCUUUUGAUAACACAUCUCAGAAACGCAGGUAACACCUCUAUAAACCGUAAUUAUAGAGUUUGUCAUUUCAACUGUUUUCUCCUCAGUCCUCCAGGCCCCCCAAAAAACGUUGAAGGAAAUGCCAAGUUCCUCAUCUCAUAGUCCUCCUAGAACCCCAGGUAAGAGUGAAGGAGAUGGUCCUACAGAUGUAGAAUCUUCAUUUGAUCACUCUUUUGUUGCUGAGAAUUUUCUUAUACGUUAGGAAAUGCAAACUUGUAGUGUAUUUUCCACUUGAAUUGACCUAAUGAAAAAUUUAUCAACUCCUACAAAAAUGUAAAUUAAUUAUAAUAUACAUAAUAGAUCCUACAUCUGUAUUUAAUACAAAGACAACUUUAAACCAAUAACUAACAAAAUUAUAUAUAUACACGAUUUCUGUGCAGAUUCUCCUCUUCUCCUGGAACCCAAUGAAUCCCAUUGUUGGACAGGCCUUCACCUUGCCAUCAGCGACUGAUGGGACAAUGGAAGAAGAGAGCCAGGACUGUGUCAGAGUGCAUCUGUCUGACAGCUUACCUGAAGCCAUGGACGAGUUAAUCAUCACAGAAUGUAGAGUAGUGGACCAGAGCCUGUGUACUACUGACCCUCCCAUGGUAAGACCUUCACUAGAAAGAAAGAAAGAAAGAAAGAAAGAAAGAAAGAAAGAAAGAAAGAAAGAAAGAAAGAAAGAAAGAAAGAAAGAAAGAAAGAAAGAAAGAAAGAAAGAAAGAAAGAAAGACAAGUUGAAUAUGUUUAUAGAAAGAGAGAAAGAGAGACAAGUUGAAUAUGUUUCUAUUAAACUACUCUUCAAACCCUUUAAAAUCUAUUGUUUUUACAUUUUAGAGGUCUCCUGAAAACUUUGAACCAGAAAUCUAUAAUCAUGAGGGCAAGGGAGCAUACAGGUAACUCAGUAUUAUUUUACUUGUUUUCUCAUGAAUAGUUUGUAAGGACAAUGCCUCAUUUUUCAAAUCAUAUUCAGGGAAUGUAAUUAAAAUGUAAUUAUUCACCAUUGUUUGUUCUACAGGUUCCAGUGCCCCAGUGCAGGUCUGUUCCAGUGCAGUAUAACAGGCCUGGUGUUUAGGAUGGAGGGAGAGGGAGAGGUGCUCUAUAGGACAGUCCCCUGGGACAGGAGGCUUCUAGCCCAGAGAGGCAAGAGACCUGCAGGACCCCUGUUCAACAUCGACUGCCCUCUGAAGUCUGUCUGCCAACUACACCUCCCACACUGUCAGAUUCAUUCUGGUGAGUAUUUUCAUGAAUGCCCUAAACAAGAAUGUAAAUUAAUUUGUUCAUUGCCUCAUUUGUCAUUGCUAUUGUAGUAUAUCAGAGAAAGCACAAUGUUCUCUUUUGGGAGAUUCUCAAUUGGAAAAAGUCUGCCUAAAAAUAGUAGUAAUAAUAAUAAUAAUAGUCGUAAUAAUAAUAAUAGUAAUAGUAGUAAUAAUAAUAGUGAUAAUAAUGAUAAUAGUAAUAAUAAUAAUGAUAAUAGUAAUAAUAAUGAUAAUAAGGAAUUGAGAAAAUCCAAUUGAGAUUCUGUUUCUUUCCUAGAGGGUGGAUGUGACUUCCUGUCUGUAGCCCAUGUGACUGAUGAUGACAAAGUGGAGUUUAUCCAUCCUCUUGAGAUAACAGAUACACAUGUCAUAAUAAACAUCACUGGAUUCUCUGCUUAUGGUGAUGUCACGGAUGAUGAUGCUCCCAUCUCACCUAUCCACGGGCUUGUGUUGUUAUUCCACCAACUGUUUGUCCCUGAAGAGAGGUCCAUCCUGAAUGUGUUGUUGCUUCCCAGAAAUGUUGUGAUCAGGGAGGUAAGCAUAACUAAGAUUUCAAACCCCACUUCUAUCUGGCUAGAAUUCCAUCAAGCUGGCAGUGUCAAACACACAACAUAGAAAAAUAACAGUUUCUCUGUACCACAAGAAUGCAUGUUAAUAUAGUUGUUGACACCAAACCAGAAUCAAAUAAUUCUGACAAAGUACUUGAUGGGCGCUUGAUUUAGCUUGAUUUAGUUUGCACAACAUGUAUUUGAUUGAAGCACAAUUUAUCUGUCCAUUGUUGAUUCUCAAGGUGCAGGAUGAGAGGAAGAGAAGGAAUGGAUACAAAGAAACCUUCAUUGAAACAACUCCUCACUGCAAUCUAACCCCGAACAAACCAUACAUCCUCUCCACAAAUAUUACGCAUGGAUAUAGGAUCAACCCAACAGUAAUAUCUAUAAGCCAUAAAGAGAUUACAACUUUAGAUAUUUAUUUAGCUGUGACCUCAGUAUAUUCACAUUCCAUGUAAGAUCGUAGAAACUGACUCUUGCUUUUUGUGUUCCAGGCAGCAGCAUUUGUGGAUUUCCAGUCCGAUGAAAACUACUUCUCCACUUUUCAGUUGUUCUUAGAAACUAUAGUUAAAGAAGUUGAACUUCUUCUGAAAGAAAAGGAAGGUGAUGAACUUGUAUGGAACAGACUUGUUUGGUUGCCAGGUAACAGACAUUCAGAGCUCAAAUCCAAUCAAAUGAAGUCAGACCUGUUGUACUAUUACAUGUUUUUAGUUCUCUUACAGCGUUAUUGUUAUUGAACUAUGAUGUCAUUAUAUCACAUGAUUAUGGUUGGUUAUAAUGAAUAUACCUUUUAUCAGAUAGUAAAACACCUUCUCUUUUCAUCCUCAGCCUCACCAACAGAUGUCACCUCUACAGGUACUGUUGACCUUUCACUGACAUUCACCAUCAUUAUAAACCACUCAAUAACAAACUACAGAUUCAUCACCAUUAUAAACCUCUCAAUAACAAACUAGAGAUUCAUCACCAUUAUAAACCUCUCAAUAACAAACUAGAGAUUCAUCACCAUUAUAAACCUCUCAAUAACAAACUAGAGAUUCAUCACCAUUAUAAGCCUCUCAAUAACAAACUAGAGAUUCAUCACCAUUAUAAACCUCUCAAUAACAAACUAGAGAUUCAUCACCAUUAUAAACCUCUCAAUAACAAACUAGAGAUUCAUCACCAUUAUAAACGUCUCAAUAACAAACUAGAGAUUCAUCACCAUUAUAAACCUCUAGUAGCAAUCAUCAUAAUAGUAUGAUAGUAGUGCUGUUGUUGUUGAUUUAAUCUAAUUAUGAUACAAUUUAGUAUUUCACCAUAUAAAUUUAGUACAUCACCUUCUCUUUUAAUCCACAUUCUCACCAACAGAAGUGAAGUCUACAGGUAACUGGUCUCAUCAAACCUUAUACUUGUCUUAGUCUCAUCAACUCACAAUUUAAUUGUGAACAACUCAUAUUCUCCUAAUGGUUUCUGUGUUGUAAAAUAGAUUGUGUGUGCGCCAUUUGAUGUGACCUGCGGUUUAACCUCAUAAACUGCACCAUAAACUUAAACGACUAUAUUCUUUAUGGUCUGUCACUUAUUUUGUUAAAGGUCCUGCACAGUCAAAAUCAUGUUUUUCAUGAAAUGUGAUGAUAUUCGGAUUAAAUCAGAUCAAAGUAGGAUGACCAAAGUAUGAAAAAUGACUGUUGCUUCUGCAUUGAUAAAGUUAUCAUAAAGUUACUCAUCCUCUCCCCCAUGUCAACCACUUGGAUUCAGGAGCUGGGAAUAUUAAAGGAUUUUUGUGACAUUAUUUUCUUACCUAAUUAAAAUAAGUACCGCCUUGUAACCAACAUCGCAGAAGGCGUAUUCGCAGAGGGGUGUGGUUUACAUAGCAGCGUGUUCGAUGAAUAGUGGAAACCUGUAAUUAUAUUUUCUAAGGCAAAUAUACUUAUAGGUUUCCGCUUUCAUCUGUGUCUGGUGUUAGCUAGUUACUGGCUAGCUAGGUCUUUCACCAGCAUGGAACAAAAAUGGAGGAAGGUUAGCCCAAAACUCAGACACAAUUGUCAUGUCAUUACAUCAAGAGACAAACAUGAGAUUCAUACAAACUUCUUGACAUCAUUGAUAGUCAUGAUAUAUGACAUAUUAAUUAAUUAACAUUGUCUGACUGAGUGGACAAAACAUUAUGAACACCUGCUCUUCCCUGACAUAGACUGACCAGGUGAAUCCAGGUGAAAGCUAUGAUCCCUUAUUGAUGUCACUUGUUAAAUCCACUUCAGUCAGUGUAGAUGACGAAUAGAGGCUGUUCUGAGGGCAAAAGGGGGGGGGUGUAACUCAAUAUUAGGAAGGUGUUCUUAAUGUUUUGUACACUCAGUGUGUGUAUAUAUAUAACUUACCCAGACCUCACCCUGUAAAGUUUCAACAAAAAUUGUCCAAGAUGAUCUAUCUAGCUAGCUUGAUAAACAGUGCUGAAAAUUCAAUUUGGGCUAUCUAGCUAAAUGAUAUAGCAACCAUUAUUUCUAUAUUGAUGCUGUUACAAUAACCAAACAGGAUAAACAAAUAAUUUGUGAAACCAUGAUAUGAGUUGCUUUGUGUAUCAGCAAAUUAUCUUGAGAUAAUCUCAUUGCAUCACUACGUCCAUGUUGCUUGACAUAGGCGGUUUCAAAGAACUGUCAGUCAAGGUGAGCUCCCCAGCCUAUCAGCUCCCCGCCCACUCAGUCUGUCUUUUCAGACUUCCUGGUAGUUUCACAUGAGAUAAACUUUUUAUCGGGGAAAAAUAUUGUAGGUGAUCUUUUAGUCUGUAGCUAGGUUACAUCCAGUUUGCGACUGAUUUUCAUGUGAAUAUUCUAAAAUCUGCACAAAACAGUAUGCACAUUUUCCCACCAGAGAUGUGUUUCCAUCAAACUGAUUUAUAGAGAGCAAUAGUGAUGGCGUCUUUUUGUUGUAACCAACUCCGCCAUGGUUCGUUGGGCAAAUCCUAUGGGGAAAUGAAUGGCGUUUUUGUAAGGUUUUUCGAUAAUUGCCGAAAAUAAGGUAUGCAGUAAACACAGGCUUAGGAGAGCUUAUACUUUUUGUUCUAUGAGAGAAUCUUUAUCAGCUAAAGUCACUUUUUGUGAAUUUUUUAACAUUUUAUGUAGUAAUAAAAAACACAAAUCAUAAAGAAUUCAUAAUUCAUAAAGGUCAUGUUGACUGACUGAUAUUAUCUCAUAAAACAAAACGUAUAACAUCUCCUAAGGCUGUGUUAAUUUCGGACUUAUUUUGGACAUUUAUACCAAAACCCUAUUCUUUCCAUAGGGAUGGCUGAACGAACCAGAGGUAACUCAUUUCCGGGUUUUAGGACUACAAGCUAGCGAGCUCUAUUGCGGAUAAAAUGCUGUGCGUGGUGACGUACUGCACAUAGAAAUAACUUGGCGUAGUGCACAUAAAAAUUAAUUCCCAUGUACUGAAUGAAAAAUAUAAGUUAAAUGGGUUUCCAACGCAUUUUCAACUCUACUGAUGGUUUUGUCACAAAAACUGUUACGUUAUAACAAAUGUGCCCACUCUGGUCUUGGCACGUGCGCUCUAGCCAACAGCUAGAUACAGUGCAGAUAGGAUACCUACAUUAUGAGAUUAUUAUGGAUAAGAGCGAUAUUAUUUGUAUUAGUCAAACGGCAGCAAAGCAUAGUUCAAAAUGUCACCAGAAUAAGACCCUCGAUAUUAAUUGGAAAGGAGCAUAAAUCACCGUGCAUAUUCACCACCCUGUGAAGUUUAUCAUAACUUAUUUCAUCUGAAGCCUGAACUGCAUGCUUUCCCAAGUCUUAAUGGGUGGCCCACACAACAUAUCGCGUGACUCCAAAUUUACUCCGAUAUGUUGGUUAUUAUAUACAUAUUUGCGUAUAAAGGCGUUUUGGCACUCCAAUUUCUCGCAUAAUACAUUUUCCCGACACAAAAAGAUCCCACCAUGUCAAAUUAACUAAUUGUCUUUCUGCAUUUAUAAACGUGUACCAGCAUUUCCUGUUUUAUCAGCCCAGUCGUGACUUUUUUCAUGCGUCAGGUAAUUCAUCCGCAUGAAUUGGUUGGAUGGAAACCUUGUUACUCAAAAGGCUAUUUUACUGACUCAGAAUGACUGUUCGCGACCUUUAACAAGUUAUAUAUUUUUUUAUCUACAGCUAUACCACAAGGUGGCGCUACAGCAGGUAAAUAUAAUUUCCUGUCUUCCCCGGGAGAGUUAGUUGUGUAAGAGUUCCUUCAUGUCUGAUUAUUGCAUCGAAAACAAUCGUGUAUCUUUUUUUAGGAUCCUAAACACAAGCGAAAGAAAACAUGAGUUACUAAAGAUAGUGUGCAUAGAGUUACUAUAGUAACCAAGUGCUCUGAUAUAGCAAUAGAAAUACAAAUACAUUCAUUUAGAUAUAUUCACCUCAAUAAGGUGCAGUCUCCCACUACAGAGACACCCAUACUCACCAGCUCUACAUAGCCAUGGGACAAACUGCUAACAGGAAGUCAGUGUAUUGGCACAAUCUUCAAAACCAUAAACAUUUUGAAUGUCUUCAAUUACAAUUAUUAAAGGUAGACUCAGCAAGAUGGCAUCAUCACACACAACAGGGAACUAGUUUACCUACACAAACAUACAAGGAUAAUUCAGAUCCAUCAGGACUGUUUAUUUUAGUUAUUAUGAUGUCACAUGUUAUAGUUCUCAUUGUUUUAUGUUUCUGUAUCUAGGGACAACAACAAAUGUUUCUAAUCUGCUGCUGGGCACUCUGGCAGAGCUGGUUUCAAAAGAGCUGGAGAGAUUUCAGUGGCACCUGAGUCAGGGAGUGGAGGAUUUUCCUUCAAUCCCAAAGAGCCAGUUGGAGAACGCUACCAUAGAGACCACAGUGGAUAUGAUGGUGCAGCGAUACCUUGACGACGGCACUGUGAAGAUCACACUGGAGAUCCUGAGGAAGAUGGGCCAGAACAAACUGGCUGAUGAGUUAAAUGAGAAAGUUGACAAAUGAAUGUCUGAAUGUGCAGCCUCAACACAACAUGAGUGAAUAAUGUAUUACAUUCCCAAGGAGGGGAGAGGAAGGGGGUCACAGUUAACUUCUGGGUUCUGCGUCAUAGGGUGAAACAUUACGAGUUUUUCAAAUGCAGAUCAUGUAAUGUUUACGAAGGACAUCAACCAUUUUCACACCACAUGAAAAGUUAAGGAUGUCUUAUCUAACAAGAUAGGCUAUCUGCAACAUUGUGAAAGUUUAACGGUCUUGAAUGAGCCCCAGGUCUCAGGCAAGGUGACAUCACUGUGAGGCUACUGUCUACCAGACAACCUACCUGUGUUACUCUGGUACACUGGCUGCAGACUACAAGAUCAGGGACUCUAUUCUUUAUAGUCUCCCAAUAUAAAGGAGGAAUAUUUUUAUAUAUCUGUACAUUGAAGAAUUAUCAGGAACAUUGUGAAUGUUUAAUCAUCUUGGUCAGGUCUCAGGCAAGGUGACAUCACUGAGAAUAUAAUCUAUCAACAACUUGACUGUGCUACUCUGGUUCUCUGGCAGCUGACUACAAGAUCAGGGACUGUUUUAAUGUUGUGACACAAACAUUUUUAUAUCUGUACAUAGUGCAGAAGUUUAUAUAAUGGUAUUUCUAUGCUUUUUUAAAAAUGUAAAUGUAAUUAUUUCCUUACAUAAAAACAUUGAUUUGAUGUAUCAUUCAUUCCCCACGGGGGGCUAGUAUAAAAAAAUAUGUAUUCACUAACUGUAAGUCGCUCUGGAUAAGAGCGUCUGCUAAAUGACUAAAAUGUAAAUGUAAAUGUACUGUUGAUGUAUUUGCUGAUGACACCCAUGAAUUUAUGUCUGCAGAUUACAGAUUACAAGGCAAGAAGAAGAAGAAGAAGACACUGAUGUUUGAAUGGUCUUCUACUGUGACAUACAGCAUAGGAUAGCAUUUGUAUUGUUAAUAUAUUGGUAGUUAGUAAUUAAUGAAUCUACAUUUUCUUAUUAGGUACACUACAUGACCAAAAAUAUGUGGACACAUGCUUGUCGAACAUCUCAUUCCAAAAUCAUGGGCAUUAAUAUGGAGUUGGUCCCCCUUUGCUGCUAUAACAGCCUCCACUCUUCUGGGAAGGCUUUCCACUAGAUGUUGGAACAUUGCUGCAGGGGCUUCCUUCCAUUCAGCCACAAGAGCAUUAGUGAGGUUGGGCACUGAUGUUGGGCGAUUAGGACUGCUCGCAGUCGGCGUCCCAAUUCAUCCCAAAGGUGUUCGAUGGGGUUGAGGUCAGGGCUCUGUGCAGGCCAGUCAAGUUCUUCCACACCGAUCUGGACAAACCAUUUCUGUAUGGGCCUCGCUUUGAGCACGGGGACAUUGUCAUGCUGAAAUAGGGACGGGCCUUCCCCAAACUGUUGCCACAAAGUUGGAAGCACAGAAUCGUCUAGAAUGUAAUUGUAUGCUGUAGCGUUUUCCCUUCACUGGAACUAAGGGGCCUAGCCCGAACAAUGAAAAACAGCCCCAGACCAUUAUUCCUCCUCCAAACUUUACAGUUGGCACUAUGCAUUGGGGCAGGUAGCGUUCUCCUGGCAUCCGGACUGCCAGAUGGGGAAGCGUGAUAAAUCACUCCAGAGAAUGCGUUUCCACUGCUCCAGAGUCCAAUGACGGCAAGCUUUACACCAUUCCAGCUGACGCAUUACACAUGGUGAUCUUAGGCUUGUGUGUGGCUGCUCAGCCAUGGAAACCCAUUUAAUGAAGCUCCUAACGAACAGUUUAUGUGCUGAUGUUGCUUCAAGAGGCAGUUUGGAACUUGGUAGUGAGUGUAGCAAUCGAGGACAGACGAUUUUUACGCGUCUCAGCACUCAGCAGUCCCGUUCUGUGAGCUUGUGUGACCUACCACUUCGCGGGUGAGUCGUUGUUGCUCCUAGACGUUUCCACUUCACAAUAACAGCACUUACAGUUGGCAGCUCUAGCAGGGCAGAAAUUUGACUAACUGAUUUGUUGGAAAGGUGGCAUCCUAUGACGGUGCCACGUUGAAAGUCAUUGAGCUCUUCAGUAAGGCCAUUCUACUGCCAAUGUUUGUCUAUGGCGAUUGCAUGGCUGUGUGUUCGAUUUUAUACCCCUGUCAGCAACGGCUGUGGCUGAAAUAGCAGCUCCUUCAGGGUUAUCUAGACAACAGAAACAUAGAUCAUAAUAAACAUCACUGGAUUCUCUGAUUAUGGCCUCACCAAGGAUGAGGCUCCCAUCUCCCCUAUCCAGGGGCUUGUGUUGUUAUUCCACCAACUGUUUGUCCCUGAAGAGAGGUCCAUCCUGAAUGUGUUGUUGCUUCCCAGUAAUGUUGUGAUCAGGGAG